AUGAGAAAUCGAACAAUACCUACAGAAUUCAUCCUUCUAGGGCUAUCAGAUGAUCCAGAGCUUCAAGUGGCAAUUUUUCUUUUCUUAAUGAUAACCUAUAUAUUAAGUGUUAGUGGAAACUUGACUAUCAUCACUCUCACUUUGGUGGACACUCAUCUACAGACUCCUAUGUAUUUUUUCCUCAGGAAUUUUUCUGUACUAGAAAUAUCCUUUACAACCGUCUGUAUCCCUAGGUUCCUUGGCACAAUCAUUACUAGAGACAAAACUAUUUCAUACAAUAAUUGUACAGCUCAACUGUUUUUCUUCAUUUUCAUGGGUAUAACAGAAUUUUACCUUUUAACUGCCAUGUCCUAUGAUCGCUAUGUCGCCAUCUGCAAACCACUACAUUAUACAACCAUCAUGAGCAAGAGAGUGUGUAUGCUGCUUGUCUUUUGUGCAUGGCUUACAGGAUUUUUAAAUAUCUUCCCACCAGUUAUUCUUUUUCUCCAGUUAGAUUAUUGUGGUUCCAAUGUCAUUGACCAUUUUGCUUGUGAUUACUUUCCUCUCCUACAACUGUCCUGCUCAGACACAUGGCUCCUAGAAGUGAUUGGUUUUUACUCUGCAAUAGUGAUUCUACUUUUCACUUUGGCAUUAAUAGUUCUGUCUUACAUGUUCAUCAUUAGGACAAUUCUGAAACUUCCUUCUGCUAGUCAAAGGAAAAAAGCUUUCUCCACUUGUUCCUCACACAUGAUUGUCAUUUCCAUCUCUUAUGGGAGCUGCAUUUUCAUGUAUGCCAACCCAUCAGCAAAAGAAAAGGCAUCAUUGACCAAAGGAGUGGCUAUUCUCAAUACGUCUGUUGCUCCUAUGAUGAAUCCAUUCAUAUACACUCUGAGAAACCAGCAAGUUAAGCAAGCCUUUAAGGACACUAUCCAAAAGGUAAUAUAUUUCACCAGCAAAUAA